AUGCUGAUCAUCAAUGGGAAGAUCAUCCCUAUAGCUCAUACUAUUUGUGCAUUCUCCGCCUUCUUUGCAGCUUUGGUCACUGGUUAUUCAUUACAUUUUCAUAAAAUUGUAACCAAUGCACAUUAUACGUAUCCAGAUGAGUGGUUUCCUAGUGUAUCAGCCACUAUCGGGGACCGCUAUCCGGAACGUUCUAUUUUCCAAAUCUUAAUAGCUCUAACUGCUUUUCCAAGAUUUUUACUGCUACUAGGUCACUACUACUUGAACCAAUCUAAGGUAUGCUUCCUUGUCGGUGUACUCCGGACAGUCUCUUGCGGUGGUUGGGUAUACAUUACAAGUACAGAUGACCACGAUAUUCAUGAUAUAUUUAUGAUCACAUACAUUGUUUUAACGUUACCAUGGGAUAUAAUGAUUACCCGCUAUUCUAGUCCUUUAACUUCGAAGAACAAAGGGUUGACUGCUACAAUUUUUUUUGGAACAUUGUUCCCGAUGAUUUACUGGUACAUUCAGCACUCCGUCCAACAGAGAGCUGGGGCAUAUUCUAUAUAUGCUUAUUUCGAAUGGUCUCUGAUUCUUUUAGAUAUUGCAUUUGAUGCAUUUGCUUACGCUGAUUUCAAAAAGAUAGAUAUUGUUCUCGCUUUUAAUGAGAAACCCGGUAAUACCAGUUUUUUCCAAAUUAGAGACUCUAGUCCCAUAAAUUAUGGAGAAGAAAAAAGUUCAGAAUUGCAGAAAAGUGGUGAAAAGAAGGUUGAAAAGGAAAAACCCGUUGCUAGAAGCGCAACUGGUUCAUAUUUCAGGUUUGACUCUUUUUUUUACUUACUAACAAAUAUUUUUAACGGUUUUCUUUUCUGGUCGAACGUUACGUCCCUGUUAUGUAGUAUUUGGCAUUUCCCGCUAUGGUAUAUGGGAAUCUCAGGUUAUGAAGCUGCAAUAUUGGGUUAUUUGGGACCCAUUUUCUUAUAUCUGCCGUUCGUUUCUGAAGCCUUCACGCAAUAUGGUGUACUUUUAGGAGGUAUUAUUGCCAUUGGUGCCUAUAUUGUUCAGAUGCCAGAAUUAAGGUUGAUUUCUGUAGCUGUGGGAACUUCCAUUACCGUUGCAACGUUUGUACAAAAUCUAAGAUAUAUCACAAAUGCGGAGACUAGUUUCUCUUUUGCUCUAACUUGGCUGUUAGGUCUUGUUGCAUCUGUGAUCUUGAAAAUGGGGUUCUAUACCAACAAUCCAACUUGGGUCAUUUUAGAUGAACGUAAUGGUGGGUAUAAUAAGACAGCUCUCGUGCUUACUGUUUUAUUCGGCAUGCUGUCGCCUUAUGUUAAUUCAAUUAAUUUCGAAGGGAAAAGGAAUGCUCAAGCAAAAUCUGCUUCGUUGAUUGGCAAAUUAUUUUUGGCUGUUGGUUUUGGCUCGUUGUUAUUCGGAAUUCAUCAGUUAUUGACGGAUUCUUCUACUACUAUUUAUUGGGCAUGGGAAGGUUACAAUGAAUCACACGGUCCCUUGCCAUGGCCUUGGGGCGCCUUAACUUGUACGGUCAUGUUAUUUGCUUCUUUGAGUUCUGUGAAGUUUAUGGGCAAGCCAUUAGUUCCAUGUUUGUUGCUUCUCAUAUCCACUGCUGUACUUUCAGCUAGAAGCAUUACACAAUGGCCUAAAUAUAUUUUCGGUGGUUUAUUGUACGCUAUCGCUAUGCUUUGGUUAGUUCCUUCGUAUUUUUCUGCAUUAGGCCAAGUUCAAAACAUAUGGGUUUAUGUCCUAUCAUUCUCCGUUUAUAUUAUCUUUGUCCUUGCCCAUGUUUGGGUCGUUGCAUACGCAUUUGUUCCAAUGGGCUGGGUACUGAGGGAGAAGAUUGAGACGGUUCUUGCCUUUUCUUCCACAUUUAUCAUUAUUGGUGCUUUAACAUGCAAAAACCUUAACAUUCAACUGGUGACUAUGGGCAAAAAAUUCUUCAUUUAUGUUUUCUUCUUUGCCGUGGCCCUGCUAUCACUAACAGCUAGGUUCGUGUAUGAUAUUAGACCUACAGGAAUUCCUCAGCCUUAUCAUCCAGAUUCUCAGUUGAUUACAGCUGGUAUUUGGACUAUCCACUUUGGUCUCGAUAAUGAUAUGUGGGCAUCUGAAGACAGAAUGAUCAACCUUAUUAAAGAUAUGGAACUAGAUGUGGUAGGUCUACUAGAAACAGAUACACAAAGAAUUACCAUGGGGAACAGGGAUCUAACUAGCAAACUAGCUCAUGAUUUGAAUAUGUAUGCAGAUUUCGGACCAGGUCCAAAUAAACAUACCUGGGGCUGUGUUCUUCUUUCUAAAUUCCCUAUCGUAAAUUCUACGCAUCAUUUAUUGCCCUCUCCAGUUGGGGAACUUGCGCCAGCCAUUCAUGCCACACUUCAAACGUACAAUGACACUCUCGUUGACGUCUUUGUAUUCCAUAGUGGACAAGAAGAGGAUGAAGAGGAUAGAAGACUGCAAAGUAACUACAUGGCUAAGCUCAUGGGCAAUACGACUCGCCCAGCUAUUUUAUUAAGUUACUUAGUUGUUGAUCCAGGUGAAGGCAACUACAAUACGUACGUUAGUGAAACAUCCGGAAUGCACGACAUUGAUCCUUCUGACGAUGAUAGAUGGUGUGAGUAUAUCUUGUAUAGGGGCUUGAGAAGAACAGGAUAUGCUAGAGUUGCAAGAGGAACGAUAACCGAUACGGAGCUACAAGUUGGUAAGUUCCAAGUUUUGAGUGAGCAAGCGUUAGUAGAGCACUCGGAUUCUAUGUAUGAAUACGGUCAUAUGAGUGAACCGGAAUAUGAGGACAUGAAAUUUCCAGAUAAGUUUUUAGGCGAAGGUGAGAGGGGUCACUUCUACCAUGUUUUUGAUGAGCCACGUUAUUACUUAUAA